CCCCGAUCGGCAUAGACGCAGGAGCAUAGGCCCUUCUCUAUGUGUGGUGGCCCGCCAUAGCACUACUGAGUCGCGAAAAAACUUUGCCUUUGGGCGCAGGGAGGGGUCACCCCGAGAGGGGAGGGUACGCCGCGACCUGCCUAGAGAGUGUGUGUGUGCGUGCGAUGGCGUAUAAUCUUCCGCCUGUAAAAGCCUCAAAGCAUCGAAACCCUGCACCGCCUCCGGGGGGGAGGGUUGGGAGCCGGACGGGCGGGCGGGAGCGUGCGAAUGUGCGAUUGUGGACGAACAAAAUCAUCGUGUACGUCGCUCGGUGCCGGCAGUCACUCGAUAGCUGCUCUAUCGUCGUUCGGAUAUGGUUAGACGAGCGGCCGCUGGCAUCAGCAGCAGCAUGUGCGCGCGCGACCCUUACGCGAAGAGCGAUUGAGUUGAGUUUUUUCUUUCUGUUGUUGCCUUGAUUAGUGAUUACACGCCCGUGUCCCGCGACAGUGUGUACCAACGUUCAACCGUGGUUGCGUGUGUGUGUUCUUGACUUGGAAGCUCCCGUCCACUGGUGCAGCGGCAAACUGGAAGUGGCAUCAUUCCUCCAUCUGUCCCAGUUCGUAGUUGGGUAGAUGGGUUGCAUCUACUGAAGAGAGAACGAGUAUGGUUUCGGUCGGAUAGUGCAAUUGCGGUUUUGUGCGGUGCGAAUCCCCAUUGAUGAGUGUGCGCGCUCUGUCGAGAGUGCAUUCGAUCGAUCACGCGCGGUGUUCGGGAAAUAGCGCGAGAAACCGAAAAGACUUCUCGAGCGUUUUGGGUAUUUCUGUAUACGGGGCUAGUCGUCGGUCGUUGUGGUCGAUUUUGAACCGCUGCCAAAAACAAAAACAAAAUCCAAACACUCUUCACAAUCAUUGUAAGAGGCCACAGCUCAGCUUUGACGCGGUACGUCAUGCUCUAUAGCGGAUAAAAAGUGAAAGGAGUAAAAUCGGGGAAAAACUCUGAUCGCGAAAGUCAUAAACUGUGCAUUGUCUCUGUGAGAUACCCGUGGUACGGUGUGUAUGGUUGCGUGUAGGUGUGUCCGGUCUGUAGGGUCCUGUCGGCAGGACCUGCCGUGUUGGAAGUGUUGAUUUUAGUAUAUCUGUAACGUUGCUGUUACGGCCAAGGCAGAAUCAAACGAUUAAACUCAUCUUGUCUGUGUACGCGGUGAAACUCGGAAACACAUCAAAAUGCUGGGAAUUUUGGAAGUGUUGCUGUUCCUUUGUAUCAUCGGAUACUUCUUCAACAAAGAACGGGCAAUCGAUAUGGUGGACAUCAUAUCGAACCGCGUUCAGGAGGCGUACGGAUCCUUCCGCUUGCCGAGCGUGUUUGGGCCGGGCACGGACGCCCAACCGAAUGGAGGCUUUUCGACCUACUCGAUGCUGAAGCGCUUCGGCGAGGCUGGACGGCGCCAGCGUCAGUUGAAUGUGGAUAAUGAUAGAAUGGUGCGACAGCAAAGUCUCUUCCACAUAAAGGAAACAUCGAUCCCGCAAGUGCAACCGGAAUUGAAACCAAUUCCUGGCCUGGCAUGUCCCCAUUGCUCGCCAGCAGAAAGCCGUCCACAGCUUGGUGCGGACGAUCGACGGCGCAGUGCGAUUGACAUACUGCGCGUAACGACGCACGCCGGCGAGCAGUAUGCGCGCGUGCACAAUCCGGGCAAGUUCGACUGGGGCGUCUGGUGUCCGCAUCUGGCGCAGGCCACCCGUGUGCGCCGCUUCUCGUACCCGCAGGUGGCCGGUGCCGUCCUGCCCGACGAACGUGUGCAGGAGGCGCUGGAUACGGCGGUCAAGGAAUCGAUCAACGACAAACGGGCCGAACUGGGGCUGGCGGAGAAUGACGAAAGCUUCGACGAGGAUCGCUACUACAGUGAGAUGCUUCGCAGCCAUGAACGAAGGGCGGGCAAGAUCCUGAUCGGCAUGCGCUCGAAGAUCUCGAACCUCGUGCUGCGCAUUACCUCCUGGGUGCUGUACAAGCUGCUGCCCUGCUUCAUGUCGGGGGUGGCCGCCCAUCCCGCCCAGGUGGACAUGAUAAAGCGCGCCAUCGAGAAGCACCCGGACGUGCCGCUUAUCUUUCUGCCACUUCACCGCAGCCAUCUGGAUUACAUUAUGGUGAGCUUCAUACUGCUGAACAACGACAUCAAGUGUCCGCUGGUCGCCGGUGGGGACAAUCUGCGCAUCCCCGUGUUCGGCAGCAUUCUGCGCUACGACGGUGCGUUCUUUAUCAAGCGCAAGAUUGACCCGCUCACGGGCAAGAAGGAUCACGUGUACCGGGCGAUCCUGCACACCUACCUGCAGAAGUGCCUGACCGCCGGGCACAAUGUGGAAUUUUUCAUCGAAGGUGGCCGUACGCGCACGGGCAAACCCUGCAUGCCAAAGAGUGGCAUUCUUUCGGUGAUUGUCGAUGCAUUCAACGAUAAAAGUAUUGCCGACGCGCUGAUCGUUCCCGUCUCGAUCAACUACGAGAAGCUGGUCGAUGGAAACUUCGUGCGGGAGCAGCUGGGACAGAAGAAAAUUCCGGAAAGCUUCGCCUCGGCUGCGUCCGCCAUCAUGAAGGUGCUGAAAGCCCGGUACGGGCUGAUGAGGAUCGACUUCAACGAACCGUUCUCGCUAAGCGAGCUGAUCAAAUCGCUCCGCAAAUCGGACACCGCGCACAAUUACACGCCAGAGAUGCGACGAUUGCAGCACAAACCAUCUUCCUCCUCGCUGUUCGGCACGGACGUGGUGCAGGAAGAGCAAGACCAGCGGCAGCUGAUCGACAACAUUGCACGACACGUCGUGUACGACAGUGCGCGGGCCACCUCCGUCAUGACAACCAACGCGCUAGCAUUCCUGCUGCUGAACCGUUUCCGCGACGGUGCGCCGCUUUCGAUAUUGGUGGAAGCGCUCGAUGAGCUGCGCGCCGUGCUGAACGGUGUGCGCGAUCUCGGUUUCACCGGCUCGUCCGAGGACGUCAUUCGGUACGCGGCCGACCUGCUCGGCCCGGGUCUGGUAACGAAGGAAAGCCGCAAUGGGCAGCUGUUCGUCAAACCGGUGGUGAUGAUUCCGAACGUGAUCGAGCUGUCCUACUAUUCGAACUGUCUCAUACCGCACUUUGCGCUGGAAUCGAUCGUCGUCACGUGUGCCGGCUUGCUGAAGCGUGAAGCGGAACGGAACAGCAGCACGGACCGGCACGAUCACGCGGACGAGGUGACGGUCGGGCGGCGGGCGCUGCUGGCGGCCUGCAUGGAGUUUGCCGAGCUGCUGAUGUACGAGUUCAUCCUGUGCAAACCGUGCCAGAAGCUGGAAACCGUGCUCGAGAACACGCUGCAGGAGCUAUGCCUGCGGGAAAUCCUGUCCCAGCCGGAGCAGGAGCUCACCGAGGACCAGGUGAUGGCACGCAAGCUGGCCCACAAUCUGGAGUGCGACGGGCUGGACGUGGACGACGACGAGCUGGACGAUUAUUUCGACGAUCAGCACAACUCCACCAACGGUGGCGGCGGUGGGCGGCCGUACCGGGCGGUGGACGACGAUGUGACGCGGAUACAUUUCCCGGCCGAAACGCACUGCAACCGGCUGGUGCUGGAGUCGGUACUGGCGCCCUUCACCAACACAUACUCAGCGGUGGCGUCGUCGCUGCACCAGCUCUUGGACGGCAACGCGAUGGUGGAAUCGGAGUUCAUUCGGCUGUGCAUCAAAGAGAUCAGCACGCGGGUUGAGCUGGGAGACUGUAAAUAUGGCGAAAGCAUAUCCACCGAUACAGUGCGAAACUGCCUGAAGGUGUUCGAGAAGCGCUCGUACAUCGAAACCACAAACAACAGCGGCGUGCGGUUGGUGUCGCUGCAGCCUCCCUUCGACACGAUGGCGGAACUGCAAACCAUAGUACAACAGGUGCACACGUUCGUGCCAGUUUAGCCUGAUAGGAUAGCAAAUCAACAAGGGUCCGUGGGCUCGGUCCGCGUGUCUGUACGAUACCAAACCAAAACCGAACGUUUCGCGUCCGAAGAAAAGCGAUUGCAACGAAACGUUUGCAAUCGUGACUAAGACUUUAAGACAAAUAAGCGCACACACACAUACACAUAGGGAGGCGCAAAACGAUUAGAGCAAAGGUUUGUGAUUUGUUUGUCGAAACCUCAUCAAAAGACUGUUUGCGCUCCUCCAAAAAUGUAUGCUAAAAGCACAAAAGGAACAAUUUCGGUCUGCGCGUGCGUGUACUACUGUUUAGUUGAGGCAAGGAAUAUAUUGCUACGGUUGCUGUUUUAGCUUUAGGGACCAGCACUGUACGAUUGCUCAAUCGGUAACGACCGCCGUAGGCGAGCGUCUAAUUUCCAGUGAAAAUGAGUGAUUGAACUCGUCGUUAUAAAUUUGUAUUAGAAAAGACCAACGCGCCAGAGCGCGAUAAAAUCAUAUCAAGUGGCUGGAUGUCAAGAAAUCCUCGGGAACGUGCGUGCGUACAUAAGCUUCACGUAAGCUUCACAUGCGGGAAUUGUGUGGGGCAGCCUGAUUGAACGCUUCCCCGGACACGGUAGAUGGCCAAAUAACUAGACUUGAUUUAUAAUGAACUGUAUGAAAUACACGAAGUGAAUGGAAA